UUCAAAAUUGUCAUUUGGUAGGUACAAACUGGUACAAAAUACAAAUUUCAAAUAUUAUACCUAAAUACUUACAAGGUGAAUAAUUAUUUGGUUUUAUGUUCUAUCAUUUCAAACAUUAAUAUUAACCAUUCAAAUUUUGGUGGAAAUCCAGUGAUACCUUUUAUAUUAAAUCAUCAGAGGGCCAUGAGAAAAAUCAUGUACCUAUGUGCAUAACCUCGUGUCACAAGUUUAAACGAAAUUUUAUUCGUAAUAUUUUUUAUAUAAAAUAAGUCAUUUAUACUGUUUCCAAAAUGUUUGUUGGUUACUCUAUAGAAAGAUUUAUGUACCACAACACAUUACUGUGUUUAGUGAGAUCAUUGGAAGAUAAAAAAAUAACAGUAGAUCUAAGAAAUGACACAUAUGUUUGUGGAGAACUAGUAUCUGUUGAUGGAUAUAUGAAUAUUUCACUAAACAAAGCUGUGUAUUGUGACCCACAAGGAAAUGAAUACUUUUUUGAAAAUCUAUUUGUUCAAGCUCGAAAUAUUAGAUAUAUUCACAUCCCAGAAUCAGUCUCCAUAAUUUCAUCUAUAAAACAAGAGCUGCGUUGUAAUAAACAAACUCCAAAAGAGAAUCCCACAGCAAAAUCAAGGAAAGUUCAAAAGGCGCAGAAGCAGCAUAUGGAAAUUGUAGCAUCAUUAAAUAUUGAAAACAAUGUUAAACCAUCAGAGUAACAUGCAAUAAAUAAAACAAGGUAUUUUACAAAAA